AAUGAGGAGCUUGGCCAAAAGUUAAAGACAACCGAACAAUUAGAGAAGGUGACUCUUGAUGUAGCUGCCUUGGUGAAGGGGCUUAAUUCUUCCCUUGAAGCAAAUAUGGAAACCCUUCGAUCUUCACUCAAAGAUGCUGAGGACAAGGCUUAUAAUGAGGGUUUUGAGAAGGCGGAGAGUGUUAUGGCGGAGCAAAUCCCAGUGAUUGAAGGUUUUUAUUUUAAGAAAGGGUGGGAUACGGCCUUGGUGGAAGCCAAAGUUCCCACUGAUUUUGAGCUUUUAUCUAUGAAUGACGUAACCGUCCCUUCUUCUUUAGGCAGGAAUCUUCCCCCGACCGAGGUCCCUGUGGCCAACACCCCUGUCGUCGUUUCUUUUACUGUUCUUAUUGAUGAUUCAACUGUUGAUCCUAUUGAUCCAUCUGAUGUGCUUUAA